AUGGCCGACGCUCCGGUAUACAAUGCGUCUACCCCAACAGGCGGAGAUCCACUCAAGGUCGAUGUAAAUGCUCAAUAUGCAGGUGUCGAGUGGAACUAUAUUUACAUCAUCCUCUGCUCAUUCAUUUGUUGGUUGAUCAUGCCCGGGAUUGGUCUUCUCUACAGUGGUCUCGCACGGAGAAAAUCAGCGCUGGCAUUACUCUUCCAGGCGUUCAUGGUUGCGGCUGUAAUAACGUUCCAAUGGAUAUUCUGGGGUUACUCGUUGGCCUAUGCCCGUGAUGCAAGUCCAUUUAUUGGCACCCUGAAGAACUUCGGUUUGAGAGGUGUGAUGGCAGCACCAUCACCUGGCUCGGCCAAUCUCCCAGAGAUUGUAUUCUGCUUUUAUCAGCUUCUAUUCUGCGCGUGCACGGUCAUGAUCGUUGUCGGCGGAGCAUUCGAACGAGGCAACCUGAUCCCCUCCCUGAUCUUCAGCUUCUGCUGGGCGACCGUCGUCUACUGUCCCCUAGCCUGUUGGACUUGGAACAGCAACGGGUGGUUGUAUAAUCUUCCAUCACUUGAUUUCGCCGGCGGCGGCCCGGUCCAUAUCGCAUCUGGCUGGUCGGCAUUGGCUUAUGCCUUUGUUCUGGGAAAGCGCAAGAAUAUCGACCGCACUACACAUGCGAAACCACACAACACGACCUUGGUCUUCUUGGGGACGGCCUUGAUCUGGUUUGGAUGGCUCGCGUUCAACGGCGGCUCGACUCUCAAUGCUAGCGUGCGGGCAAUGCUAGCAGCAUUUAACACCAACACUGCGGCUUGCGCAGGAGUAUUAGGAUGGGUGCUGGUCGACUAUGUCAAGCACCGCGGGAAGUUCUCUGCAGUGGGAGCGUGCGAAGGCGCAAUCGCAGGGCUAGUCGGCAUCACCCCAGCUGCCGGAUUUGUGUCCGUAUGGCUUGCUGCCGUUAUCGGGUUCCUCACAAGCAUCAUCUGCGCCCUCCUCCAAGAUAUCAAUGACUGGUUACACAUAGACGAGGGGAUGGAUGUAUUCAAGCUGCACGGUAUCGGCGGGAUGGUGGGGGCAUUCCUUACUGGGAUCUUUGCGUCGCAGUCUAUUGCCGCGUUGGAUGGCGUGACCGAGGCUACUGGGGGCAUUGACGGCAAUGGAGUGCAAGUUGGGAAACAAUUGGCUGAGGUGUGUGCUAUCUCGGCAUAUUCUUUCAUUGUCUCGUGUAUCCUGCUCUACAUUCUCAAGUUCAUACCGGGGAUGCACUUGCGGGUGGACGAGGAGGUGGAAAUGGUUGGCCUGGACCGCGCGCUGUUUAUAGAUGAGCAGAUUGGUGAGCGGGUGCUGCUCGACGAUCUAGGUGGGUCUUCAUCACCGAGUGUAUUUGAUGGGCGGAUUCCUGUAGUGGUUGACUCUCAGGAAUCGAAGAAGUGA